UCCCCGGCCGCCUUCCUCCUCCCAUGAUCCCCCGUCCCUGUCGUCUAGACGAGCGAGCCGCCCCCGCCGAUGACAACUCCAAGUUGGACGACGAACCCUUUGACCGAAUACUAAUCCCCGCGGCGAAACGAACUCUUCCACCUGCUCGAACUGUCCAACACCACCACCUGCGCCCAACUCCCCCGAUCCUCAAAAGGCUCCGAUCCGAUUCCCAGCGCCUUCUCCCGCUGCGUGCGCACGUGCGCCCCACCCCACCGCCAGCGCUUCCCCCCGCUCCGCCCCCUCGCGAGCCGCGUUCCAUCCGUGCCGGGGGCGUCGGAUCCGGCGGCCCCUCGAUGCGGUCGCCGGCGCUCCUGGCCGCCGUCGUGGCGGCGCUGCUGCUCGCGGCCGGCGCCAGGGCGGCGACGGAGGAGGCCUACGUCACGCUGCUGUACGGCGACGAGUUCGUGCUCGGCGUGCGCGUCCUGGGCAAGUCCCUCCGCGACACCGGCACGCGGCGGGACAUGGUCGUGCUUGUCUCCGACGGCGUCUCCGAGUACUCGCGGAAGCUCCUCCAGGCAGAUGGUUGGAUUGUGAAUCGUAUAACAUUACUGGCUAAUCCUAAUCAAGUGAGGCCAAAGAGGUUUUGGGGUGUCUACACCAAGCUAAAGAUAUUCAACAUGACAAGCUUCAAAAAGGUUGUUUACCUUGAUGCAGAUACUAUAGUUGUGAAAAGUAUCGACGAUCUUUUCAAGUGCGGGCAGUUCUGUGGGAACUUGAAGCAUUCUGAAAGAAUGAAUUCUGGUGUGAUGGUUGUUGAACCCUCUGAAACUCUUUUCAACGAUAUGAUCAACCAAGUGGGUAGUUUGCCUUCUUACACUGGAGGGGAUCAAGGUUUUCUAAAUUCAUAUUAUUCUGAUUUUGCCAACUCCCGUGUCUUUGAGCCAGACUCACCUUUAACUCCUGAACCAAAGACACAACGCCUUUCUACCUUGUAUAAUGCUGAUGUCGGUCUUUACAUGCUAGCCAACAAGUGGAUGGUUGAUGAAAAAGAAUUAAGAGUCAUACAUUACACGCUGGGUCCCCUAAAACCCUGGGACUGGUUCACAGCUUGGCUUGUAAAACCUGUUGAAAUAUGGCAGGAUAUUAGGCAAACACUUGAAGAAUCUCUCCCAGGAACUGGUGGGGGAAGGAACCCUCAUGACCAGCUAGUUGUAAAAAUAUUGUUCAUUCUCCCAUUUUGCUUGCUGUUAUUUGGUUAUUACCAAUCAUGUUUUCAGACAAACAAGGAGUUGAUAAGUUUAAGAUCUCUAUGUGCGUUUGCUAGAAGAGCUCGCCACAAAUACAAGUCUGAAGAGUCACUUCCAUCUUAUUCAGUGGUUGGUUCAGCAUCUUCAUUCAGUAUUUCUAACCAAAGGUUAUCAAAUGGGACACAUUCAAAGCUUCCUCUUUAUUUUGGGGCAAUCGCAGUGCUAGUCUGCUUUGUGUCUGCUGGUUUCUCUCUGGCCUUUGCUUUUGCUAUCAUUCCACGGCAGGUUAUGCCAUGGACAGGAUUGCUGCUGAUGUUUGAGUGGACCUUUGUGUCAUUCUUCUUAUUGUUUGGGAGCUACCUUCGCUUUGUUUAUCGAUGGGGAAGUAUCAGUGCAAAUCAUGUGGGAUUUAGCAAUUCUGAUUCAUCAGAGAAUCAUAUGGGUUCAGGCCAUCAGCGGAAUAUGUCCGACUGUGAUAUGGAUGCAACAUUUUACUGGAUAGGAAUGGCGGCUAUAGCUACUGUUGCUGUAUUGCUACCAACUAUCUUGGGUAUAACUGCAUUAUUCACAAAGUUAGGACUAAUGGUUGCUGGUGGUGUUGUGCUGGCAUCUUUUAUGACAUAUGCUGCAGAGCAUCUUGCUAUCUCAGCCUUCAACAAGGGUCAGAAAGACAGAAAUGGGUCAAGAACUAGAAGCUCUUGUUUUUAAAGCCACGUAAAUUUUGUACCUACACCAUUGAUCCCUGUUGUAUUGUAGGUUUGUACACAAACAGAAAGAAUGAUGGUUCCUUUUUAACACAUGGUUGCCUGCCCAGGGCCCCUUUUUUGUAGCACUGACGUCACGCUGUCAACUAGUGGUAAAUAUGUUCCCAAAUGUUGUGUCUACUGCACGGUUGGCGCACACGGUAAAUCUCGGCUAUAGAGCAUUCGCUGCUAUUUGUUUGUUAAAUGUUGUUGGUUACUCCACCGUGUUAGCUAUACUGUGAUGGCAGCUUUCUGAAGGAACAUAAAUAGAUGGAAUCCUAAAUUCAUCGUUGGUUACAA